AUGGUGGCACCGCUGGCAGAGUCAGCAAUGGAGAAAUUCCUUCUCCCAGCAGGCCCUGCCUCCACCCCAGAGGAGGCCCCAGGGCCCAGGGCCACCGAGGGGGAGGCAGGCCCUGCCAAGCGAGAGGCGCCCCCCUUGCCAGGCGGGCUGUGGAAGGAAAUCCGGGCCGAGGGGCUCAGCUGUGACUACACCGUCCUCUACGGCAGAGCCCAGGCGGACGAGGCCUUCCGGCAGCUGGAAAAGGAGGUGGAGUACUUCGAAGGUGAAUUCACCAAGCUGCACAUCUUUGGGAAAUGGCACGACAUCCCGAGGAAGCAGGUGACCUACGGGGAUGCUGGGCUGACCUACACUUACUCCGGUGUCACCUUUUCUCCCAAGCCCUGGAUUCCAGUUCUGAAUCGCAUCAGGGACCGUGUCCAGCUGGCCACGGGGCACACCUUCAACUUUGUUUUGAUAAACAGGUAUAAAGAUGGCCAUGACCACAUCGGAGAGCAUAGAGACGACGAGAGGGAGCUGCUUCCUCGCAGCCCCAUUGCCUCUGUGUCCUUUGGUGCCCGCAGGGACUUCAUCCUCCGCCAUGGGGCUUCUCGGGGCAAAACCCCCUCCCGACGAAUCGCACCAGUCAAGUUGCAGUUGGAUCAUGGCAGUCUGCUGGUGAUGAACUUCCCCACCAAUCGCUACUGGUACCACAGCCUGCCCAUCCGCAAGAAAGUGUUGGCGCCCAGAAUCAAUCUGACCUUUCGGAAAAUUAGGACUCUUUAGCUCCCAGGAACGGAGCUGGGGUGAGCGUCUUUCUACCCUUUUCGGUGCUUGAAGGAACCUCCUUAUUUCGCACAGGCUGCGGCAUGGGUUUACAGCUCCCUUUUCUUGGAACCUAUCUGGACUCAAAAGUUGGGCUGUUUUAAUCACAGGCUCUACUUGGACAACCUGAUGCAGCCCCUGGCUGUGUGAACCUGGCCUCUGGCAUAAUGUAUCCUGUGAACCAAGAAAAUAGGGUUAACUGAACAAACCAGACUUCAGUUAAUUAUAGGGAACUGUGCUGCACAAACCUAAUCUUUGGCGCUCAGCGCAUGUUGGGAACAUCUCAGUCAAUCUGCUUGCUGCUUAAGGAGCUGAUCAAGAUCCAUGGCGCUUCUCUAAGCAGUGGGGAGACGUUACUGUCUUAAGUCAAGGAAAGUGUCUCUACGCUGAGGCCCCUCCAAAUGCAGGCCCGCUUCUGGCUGGGGAACCCCCUCCCCCCUCCAGCUUGGAGCUAAGGAGGGCCCUGUGUAUUCCCAGGGCCUAUUUAUGCUUUGCCCCACUCAUUUCCAUUCAAGCAAACUUCCGGAGUAGGAGUCACUCUGCAAGCAGCAGCCUGCCUGAGGUCCACAAACUCUACUGCUUUGUGUCUUGUUUACAUACCCUGAAAUAAA